GCCAAGACACAGUGUAGACUACUUUUUGACAAGGGAAUUUUCACUGUGUAUGGCAGUUGUAUUUGGCUCUGGCACAAGACUUUAUGUGACAGGUAAGAGAUCCAUUCUUCUGAUUUUCGGCAGGUAAACAAAGCAGUAGUCCUUAAUAAUUCAUAUAUUUGUCUAAUCACUUUCCAAAAUAAUUGAGAAAACAUCCUGCAGUAUUGCUCUGGAAAUUUGCAUUAUUCAUUGUAUUAUUCAUUAUGACUUUAAAAGUUUGUUAUUAGCAUGUACAAUUGAUCAUUCUGAUUUUCAAGGAAGCCAUAUGCACAAUUUGCAAUAUAUUGCAUGUCCUUAGUCUUAGAGAUAUACACCCUCAGUUAUUUGUGAUAUACAUUUAAAGUAAUUUGUUGAACUGUUUACUGAGCUAAGAAUCUUUUGAUUUAAAUGACAUUGAAAGUUAUGAUUUACAUUAUGUUGAAAUAAGACAUUCCAUAAAGGACAGUUGUUAUGGGUAAAAAAAAUGGUACAUGUAGUUCAUUUAUGUAUGUAAUUAAAGCUGGAUAUGAAACAAAUGGUGUGGGACAUCACGAUUCAUCUUGACAACAGACUAUAUCUGAAGUCUGAAAACUUGUGUGUGAUGUCCCUUUAAAGAAGACUGUAAAUGUUAUUGUUUCUCUUGAGAAUCAGACAACAAUCACGUACUUGAACCCAAAGUGACGGUCUACCCAGCGUCCAACCCUGAUUCGAAUGGGAAGACCACCCUGCUAUGUCUGGCUAGAAACAUGUUUCCAGACUUGGUCAAGAUUUCAUGGAAGAUGGAGGAUGCAAACGGCCGAACAGUGGAGGUGCCCAAAGCAGAGAGGGAAGUGCUGGAGCAGAGGGAGGAAGGACAGACGACCAGUAUGAUCAUCAUUGAUAAAGAGAAGACGUACAGGAACAAAUACAUCUGUUCUGUGGAGCAUGAAGGGGGCCCCAAAGAUGUUGAGAUACCAAAAGGUAAAGCCAGUCAUCUAAAAAGUUUUUCAGUAGUAUGUAGGCCUAUUCUUUUUUUCAUACAUCAUUACUAAUUUAAUAUGUAUGUAAUAUAUUUAUAUGAGUAGGUUAUCAUGUAUUCAACCUUGUAAAAAGGACAUAGGCCUAUUACCUUUUCCAAGAAAAAAACAAAGUCCAUAACAAUUGGACUCACACUUGGUAAUUGCGUAGGAAUGCUGUGUAUUUCCCGAGUGUAUUUCCAGCCAUCUCCCGAGUGGCGCAGUGGUCUAAGGCACUGCAUCGCAGCGCUAGCUGUGCCACUAGAGAUCCUGGUUUGAAUCCAGGCUCUGUCGUAGCCGGCUGCGACCGGGAGACCCAUGGGGCGGCGCACAAUUGGCCCAGCGUUGUCCAGGGUAGGGGAGGGAAUGGCUGGCAGGGAUGUAGCUCAGUUGGUAGAGCAUGUCGUUUGCAAUGCCAGGGUUGUGGGUUCGAUUCCCACGGGGGGUCAGUAUGAAAAAAUAAAUAAUGUAUGCACUAACUGUAAGUCGCUCUGGAUAAGAGCGUCUGCUAAAAUGUAUUUAGUCUCCCAAGUUUAAACAAAACAGCCUUUUUUUGCUUAACAAUUAAUACCGACAGAAGCCUACAUAAUGCUCUGAGAAAAUAUUAUUAAUAUAAUCUUUUUCCAUCUCAUUCUCAGAUAAACCAACUGAAGCUCCUCCAACCACCAUGGCUGCACCAACCUGUCUGUUCAGAAAUGACACGCAGGAGCCACUGACUCUGCAUCUUACCGACGGUAGAAUUGAUGUGUAUUUCAUGCAGGGUUGGGGUCAAUUCAAAAACAGAAAAAGGAAAUGAAAAUAUAAGUGGUUGGAUAAAUGAACAAAUUUAGACAGGUAUUAAAUCCGAUUGGGCUUUGUCACCAUUGCACCUUUUGGAGAACACAUUCACGGUAAAACGCUGCUUAUGUCUGCUCAAUUGGAAAUUACCUUUAAGGGCGCUUUCACAUACAGUGCAUUCGGAAAGUAUUCAGACCCCUUGACUUUUUCCACAUUUUGUUACGUUACAGCAUAAUUCUAAAACUCAUUAAAUUAACCCCCCCCCCCCCCCCAUCAAUCCACACAUAAUACCCAUAAUGACGAAGCGAAAACAGUUUUUUAAAUUUUUUUGCAGAUGUAUUAAAAAUAUAAACCUGAAAUACCUUAUGUACAUACACCACCAGUAUAAAGCAUGUGUGAAACGCAAAACUAACCCGGGCUGAAAGGCAGUAGCGGUGCGUGGGUACAAUCACUGGGGAAGCCCCCCCCCACCCCCCAAACAAAUUCCAUAUUACAACCUAUGUGUUGUGAUAAUUGCGUUGUUUGCUCUGUAACCUGUUAAUUCAUAUGCUUUGCGGCCGUGAUAUAUAGGCCUAAAGGCCGAGACAAUAAGAUGACACAGUGGCAGAAUAAAUUCAACCACAUCUUUGUUUAAUCACAAAACCGGAAUGUAACCUCUGUCCAGUGAAGUCCACAAAGCAUAUUGCAUGUAUAGUAACAGACAGUUAUAUGACCUACAGCAUGGUCAAGCAAGUUAAUGUUUCCGAAAUCUUCGGACCACUAAACAACUAUUGAUUUAGAACCACAGAGAGUUACCGCAAGUCGCAAAGAAAACAGGAUCUGCCUCCACUAUUCCAGCACCAUUUCAACUUCAACAUUUUCAACAUCAUCAAAUCACCUCUGCUUAGUCUAAUACAGUGACAACUAAAAGAUACCGAAAACAAUUUAGUCCAAUCAACGUAAGCUAAAUAUGAUGUGGCUGUCUAUGGUUCUGUUUUCUACUGCGCGUUCGUGCAAGUAGAAAAAUAUGUUGGAUCACCCUACUUGUAGAGAAACGCCAAUGCCAUCCUCCUCUCUUUCAUGUUGAGAAAUGGUCUAUCACUCUGUCAUACAGUGCAUGCUUUUAUUUUUUGUUGUCCUAGGCCACCUGCUAAAAUGCUUGCUCGCUAGCCUAACUUUAAUUCAUGGGCAACGUUAGCUAGUUAACAUUAGCCUUCUACAUCUAGCUACAUAUUGACCUUCCGUCCUCUCAGGCUAGAGGCACAACAAUGUCUGAAUUAAUGGUUGGAUCAGAAUCGCCGUUAUAAUCAUUGGCCAGUACAGAGAUCCAAAUCCCUAUCUCCAUCCAUGGCUAAUUUAGGAAAGGGCAACAACACAACAAGAUGCAACAAUUCAAGUUUUUCUGUCAUUGACAUAUGCUCUCAAUGGGAUUUGAUAGGAGUGUUGCAAAAUCCAAGCUGGCUUCCCUUGACACUUUUUUUUUGGUAUGCCAGGUCCAUUCACAGUUUAGCUCGCUCAGUUUAGCGCAAUGCUGAUUGGCUAAUUUUUUAUACUUUUUUUGUCAAGAGAGGCCAGAUGCUGCUGGCUUCCCUUGCCUUCAAUGCUACGGGCGGCAACAAUGUCAGACUCGUUUGGACCAGACAGCAUCAAAUAGAUGGCCUACACGUAGAGAGACAGAGGGGCGCUGUUUCGAUCGGAUGCUUUCUCAUGUGAGAUACAUUCAGCCUCUUGAGAAUUGAAAAUUAUGAAACAGAGGAAGAUGAAAAAUAAAUAAUUUGACUUCCCUUGGCCACCAUGAAUACAUGCCACUGCUGAAACGACUCCUGGACCUGCGUGAGUAGCGUGUCAAAGAACCAGUACCAGAGUACCAGGUAUUGUGAUGCUGCAGCGCGAGUCGCAUGGAACUUAUAAAAAAAAUGUGUAUUGCUUAAACGCCCUAAGUGGAGUAUUGCCAACAAAACGCGAUCGGAUAGAUAAUCUGUUCAUGGUUUUAGAUGCUACAAUUGCAGCACAUUUCCUGUGUUUGCCGAGAUGCCAUCCACGGUAAAUGUUGCAUAUGUCGACUUAAUAGGAAAAUGUAUUUAAAAACCACAAUGCCUGUAACCAGCAAUCAGAUUAAAUCAUUACUCUUUUCUCUUCCCCAGAUUCCUUCCAGUCAACGUUUAGUCUGAACCUGGCCUCUGUGGUUUACACAGUGAUGAUAAUGAAGAGCAUGGUGUACUGCUGUGGGAUCUCUGUCCUGCUGCACCACAGGAGCGUGAGAAGAGGACCCAGCACCUGUAGACACAUUCAUUGAAAGGAUACCCCCAUCCCCCACCCCAGUAUGGAUAGAGUUAUAGAUAGAGUUGUAGUGGGCUGGGAAUAACAUGGAUUUUACAUCCCAUUGAGGUCUAACAUUUCAUUUGUAUUGCUUUUAUUUUUCCUGCUUUAUUUUUUAGAUGCUACAAUAUUGUGAGCCAUAGAUUUCCAUGUCUUCCAAUAGCUUCAACUGCCAAAUAUGACAUUAAUUGCAUCACGUUAAAUUUUGUAUAUGGUGUAUUGUUUCCCUCCUUAUGUGGUAGCUAUCCACUGCAGACACAUGAAUAAAGGUUACGUUUUCUGAUAAAUAAGCAGAGCAAAUCUUGAAGGUAGAUAAAUUAUUAUUUUAAUUUAGACUUGGUUAUUAAAGUUGCACUGCAAUAUGUCAUUUUGGUAGGCCUAAAUUAUUUUCAAAAAACA